UUUUUUUUCUUUUUCUGCCCAAAAAAAAACCCGUGCAUUUUCCUGUGAAGAAAGUGUAGCAGAAGAGAAAACGAGAAAAAUAUUGAAAUGAGAAUUGAUUUCUCUCACUAGAAUCUGCACGAGCCAAGAGCAGGAGCAGCAGUGUUCUCUUCUGGGGAUAUACGAACAAAUACAACAGAAUCAAAUCACCAACAUACAGCAAUUGCAUAUAACAAAGGUAUUUGAUCUCACAAWGGGAUACGAGCUGCAUGGUCGUUGAGCAGAUUUCCACCUUCGUCUGCCGAAAUAGCACUGUAGCCAGCGUCGAUCUAGCGGCGAUGGCAUUUGUGCUUUUUGCUAAACAAGCUAAGGGGUAAAUGUGUGAAGCCCAAUAUACGUUUAAUAUAUAUACAAACGAAAGAGAGAAACCCUUGUUUCUCGAAUUCUACAACGUUCUUCUUAUAGAUCUCCAAGUUGGCGGAAAACUAGAGAAGGCGUGCAUCAGGGAAAAACGUGCUCUUUAACAGGGAAAUGUAAUGAUUGUCAAUUCUGAAGGACUUUCACUACUUCCUACUUGCAUUUGUGGUUGCAUUUAAGUUGUGCAGUGCUGUUUGGAUGAGCCAUGAUCGAACCUCCAUUACCUGCUGUAAAAGAGAACAAGUUGUGGAAGGGGAUCUUUGCAGUCACGGGAAUAAUGACCACUCUUGUCAUCUAUGGUGUUUUGCAGGAGAAAAUCAUGAGAGUUCCAUAUGGGGGAAACAAAGAAUUCUUUAAAUAUUCACUAUUUCUUGUUUUCUGUAACCGCAUCACAACAUCUGCUGUGUCUGCAAUCUCUCUGGUGGCAAGUAAGAAGGCCUUGGAUCCUGUUGCUCCAAUUUAUAAAUAUUGUCUCAUAUCAGUAUCAAACAUUUUGACAACAACAUGCCAGUAUGAGGCCCUCAAGUAUGUCAGUUUCCCAGUUCAGACACUUGCAAAAUGUGCCAAGAUGAUACCAGUUAUGAUUUGGGGAACAAUAAUUAUGCAAAAAAGAUACAAGGGGAAGGACUAUUUAUUGGCUGUAUUGGUAACACUUGGUUGUUCCAUAUUUAUACUAUAUCCGGAAGCAGCUGAUAUUAGUCCGUAUAAUAGGGGAAGGGAAAGCACUGUUUGGGGUGUUUUCUUAAUGGUUGGUUAUCUAGGGUUUGAUGGUUUCACAAGCACAUUCCAAGAUAAAUUAUUUAAGGGCUAUGAUAUGGAAAUACACAACCAGAUAUUCUACACAACGUUGUGUUCUUGUGUUCUCAGUUUAAGUGGACUUGUAUUACAGGGCCAUCUUCUCUUGGCAGUUGAUUUUGUAUAUCGCCACAAAGACUGCUUCUUUGAUGUUUUAUUGCUCUCCACAGUGGCAACAGCUAGUCAAUUUUACAUUUCUUACACAAUCCGCACAUUUGGAGCUCUCACAUUUGCCACAAUAAUGACCACAAGACAGUUGGUGAGCAUCAUGCUAUCAUGCGUGUGGUUUUCACAUCCUUUAAGCUGGAAACAAUGGAUUGGAGCGACUAUUGUUUUCGGCUCCCUGUAUGCGAAAAGUUUUCUAAGUGCACCUAAGAAGCCUGUACCUGAAAACCCUGCAUCCCCAGUACAUGCACAGAGCGGUGGUUCUAGAUCACAGAAUGACAAACCUUGAAUGUUGAUCUCAUGAUCUGGAUCUUCACUCUUAUCAGAUCUCUCAAGUUGCCUUCCUAUUUGUUCAGAGUCCAAGUGACACCAUUUCACGUUGCAGAGAUGGAUAAUGGAAGAAUAUGGGCGGAUCAGAAAGAAGAGCUUUGUUCAAAUAGAGUUACGUGCUUUGUUUAUUGUCUUCACCUCAAAGGCCAAUCAAAAAAGCAAUACUACUGAGAAGUAAUCAUAUCCCGAGCCCAAAUUUUCUUAGAAAAUAUUAACAGUCAUAUAUAUAGCCGAAAUUACCUAACACUUUCUAAAGCAAAACUUUUUUUUUUUUCCUUUUGAAUAUUUGGAACCUUUUGGCCAUGAUGAUGCAAAAUUUUAACAGCUGUUGCAUUUCAUUGGUCAAGAAGCAUAUGAUAUUGUCGUUGUCUGUAUGAAAUCUUCUUUUUUUCUUCUUUUUAUUUGAGAAAUAUAGCCCUAACCUUGCUGCAACUGGUUGAAGCUGAACGAUGCUUAAGUGGAAGACAUGAAAGCUUCAACGAUCAUUUUCCAAAAUUUAUAUGUUGAGAAUUACUUCUUUCAGUAAACCUAUUUUCAAUCAAAAUUUGGCUUCAUCGAUUAUA